ACUCAGGGAAGGUGAAGGAUUGUUAAAUAAAUGCGGCUAGGUAACAUGGGACAGCAAGUUAGCUAAGGUUACUGUGAAAAUAAGGGAAUAAUAUGUCUGUAUAGUGUUGGAAAAGGCACUACAAACCGCGUGGAGCAGCAUGCUGUGAGGGAUCGGCGUCUUCGGGUCCAGCAACAAUGUUGCCUUCAACAAGCACCUUGGUCAGGACUGCUGUCAGGCUGCUGCCACGGCGAAAGUGGAGUCCAGGAUCUGUCUGGUGUCCGUGUAGAAAUAUUUCUGUGAAACCAGGAGGUUUGAAACCAAAGACAGUCCCACCUCGGUAUCUGGGCCAACCCAGCCCUUACAGUCAUCCACACCUUAUAAAACAUGGUGAAGUGACCCCAGGCUUGAGUCAGACAGAAUAUGAACUCCGCAGACACAGACUGGCCUCACUUAUCGAGGCCCAAGCAGACAGGCUGGGACCAUCUGCGUCCUCAGGCACCCAUGUGGUGAUUGUUUUGUCCCAUCCAACCCGCUACAUGACAAAUGACAUCCCUUAUCCCUUCCACCAAAAUCAGGAUUUCCUCUACCUCAGUGGCAUCCUAGAGCCUGACAGUGCCUUGGUUCUUCAUGGGAGAGGGAGACCAGACCAGGCCAUUUUGUUUGUCCCCCGCAGAGACCCAGGGAGAGAGCUGUGGGAUGGGCCCCGGUCGGGGAAAGAUGGAGCAGCUGCUUUGACAGGCAUAGAGAGAGUGCACUGCACAGAAGAACUGGGUGUUGUGCUUAAGAGCCUUAAAGGCACUCUGGUGUGGUAUGAUAGUUCUCAGCCAGCCCACCCACGUCUCCACCAGACUCAUGUGAGUCCCAUGCUGGAGGUGGGUCCAAUGCCACGCUCCCUCAGACCUCUCAUACACUCUCUCAGGGCCCUCAAGAGCUCAGCAGAGGUGGCACUCAUGCAAGAAGCAGGUCACAUCACAGCACAGGCUUUUAGGAGGACAAUGGCACUCUCUCAAGGCGACAUAGAUGAAGCUGUGCUCUUUGCGAAAUUUGAUUUUGAGAAUCGGAUCCAUGGCGCCAACUUCCUGGCAUACCCACCUGUGGUUGCUGGAGGAAAUCGAGCAAAUACACUGCACUACAUAAACAACAACCAAAUUAUCAAGGACGGUGAAAUGGUGCUACUUGAUGGCGGUUGCGAAUACUUUGGUUACGUCAGUGAUAUCACUCGAACAUGGCCUGUGAAUGGGAAAUUCAGCCCUGCCCAGGCUGAGUUGUACGAAGCUGUCCUAGAGGUCCAGCGCUCCUGUUUGUCCCUGUGCUCCCCAGGCGUCAGUCUGGAUCACAUCUAUAGUACCAUGCUAGCUCUGUUGGGACGACAGUUAAGGCGCCUAGGUAUUCUCAUGGCCAGUACCACUGAUGCUGAUGCACUGAAGGCUGCACGGCGGUACUGCCCUCACCAUGUUGGUCAUUACCUGGGAAUGGAUGUCCAUGAUACCCCUGAAUUGUCUCGCUCACAACCUCUACAGCCAGGAAUGGCCAUCACUAUAGAACCAGGUUUGUACAUCUCCAAAGACAAUGACCAGGCCCCAAAGCAUUUCCGUGGCCUAGGGAUCAGGAUUGAGGAUGACGUGGUGAUCCGAGACAAAGGAGGCCCUCUGAUUCUGUCAUCUGAUGCACCAAAGACCAUCACUGAUGUAGAGAAGGCAUGUGCCCAGAGAUAGGACAAGUACACUUUGACCAAGUGAGGCCUGGCAUUAAUGGUAGAUGAUGUGCUCACACUACAGUGUUUGUCAAAUGUCUCCACAGUGAUGACAUCAUCAGGUUCAGGGUGCAGGUACACUAAAGGUAAAUUACAGGAUUUUCCUCUCGAUCUGAGUGAGGCAAUGAAAACUUAGAAAUCUCAUGUGGAAGAAUAUGGAUUUGAUAUAAUUUAAUAAUGUUUCCAACCCUAUGCACAGGUGUGAUAUGCUAUUUUUGCAUAUGCCUGUGUGCUUAUAUGAAGUUUGUGUUGGAGUUUGUGUUCUGAGUGUUGGCUGUUUUGUUGAUGUUGGUAGCCUCCAUUUCUGAGCUAGGGCUGAACACUGUUGUUACAGUAGAGGAGCAGCAGAGAUGCACUGAGACACUUGGUAGCGAGUAUAGGGGUUUUCAUAGAAAAUUCAAGUCCUCCACAUAAAAACUGGUGUAUAAACUGUUCACAGAAGGUACUUUUUUAAAGUACCUUGUAAUCUAUUAACACAAUAAAAAUGAAAAAGUGAUUAACAUAUGUACAUCUCUUUACAUGUGAUAUAAUGAUAGUGUCUGCUUUCAAAGAAGUGGAUUUUCUGCUGUGUGUAAUAAUUUCAAUAGUUUUCAGUACAAGCUCUUGUCAGUAAUAACUGAGUAAGACAUUGCUCAUGACACUACAUCGUCUUAAUAACAUCCAUAUUAGAGCAUCAGCAAAAUUCUAUUGAAGAAAACCAAACACAAACAUACGCCUUCACCCUGAUGGCCACAAAAAUCCCAUCUGUGGUACAAAUAGAUAUGAUGUUGUAUGUUUAAUCUAACUGUACAAAUCAAAAACCAGGCUGAUGAAGAGUCAGCAUCUUCACUUUAAACCCGUGUGCUCCAUGACAAUGUAAUGUGAAUCUCAGACACAAAAAUACUGCACUGAUAUUAUUCUCUAAUCAUAUUUUCACUCCUGAAAGUCUGAUGUUUUUGCUUUCACACAUAAACUUUGGUUAGCAGACUAAUACGCCCAACUGUCAACUUCUACAUGUGCUUUAUCCCCCUUUAUAGACGACUGUGUGUCAGAAGGCAGUUUGUUGUUACAGUUUUUCUCAGUGGCUUUGGUACAUUUCUCGAAUUAUCCUCGACAUUUGCAAAACAGUAAGUGUGUUUCUCAAAACAAUUUGUACAAAUAGCAAAACACCAUGGAUUACCUGCAAAAGCCAGUCUCUUGCUCAAAAUCCUUUGUUCAUCUUUCAAAAGUAAAUAUCUGUGUCAAUGAACAUGUUAGUUCCAUCAGAAUGACAAGUCUUCGUGUCAUUGUGUACGGAUAAGACAGUCAAAUUGCUUUGUCAUGUUGUCAAUAUAACAGUGUACUCUGGAGGGAUGUUCUGAUGUAAACUAUGGCUAAAGUUUUAAUGACAAUUAUUGUAAAUUUUAAGUUACACCUUAGUGAAUGUGGGAGGUUGAUUGCAAGAAACUGGACAAGAUUCACAUUUACGCUCUUACUGUUUGUACUGUAAUUUGUUGACAGACCAUGUCAUUGCGCUACAGAAAGGAAAAGACAGCACUGUAUAGCAUGAAGGGAAAAAAAACUAAAGUAGAAAUGUGUACAUAGGACAAUCUCCUUAGGGAAAACAGUACAUGCAGUGCUGUAGGAAUUAGAGUGCAGUCUCCGUAUACCUCCUGACAUUCCUGUCUGUUAGGCCACAAAUUCUCAUCCGAAUAUCUUCUGUUUGUUAGAGAAAGUCAAGAUUCACCAGGGAGCAAUUUACCAAUUCAGGACAGAUUUAGAAAAAAAUGUCUAAUGGAAAUGUAUAGAAAUAGGCUUGACAUAUUAUGACAACUUGUUCAACCAUUUUGCCUGUAAAGACUCAUGCAGUGAACUAACGCCUAAAUGUUGUGGGGGUUGAGACUAUUCAACAGAGACCCAUUAUAAUACAUUUUGAUCAACAUGAGAAACAACUGAUAUUGUAGGAAACAGCAGAGAAUUGUACAUAAUCAUUUGCAUGGAUGUACCAAAGCAUUUGCAACUUGUUCAAAGAAAUGAGAAACUGCUUUUUUGAUGUGAACAAGUGACAUUGAUGUGAAGAUUGAACAAGUCGUUUUGAGAAUUUCAAUUCUGAUCUAAGAAAUGUACCAAAGCGACUGAGAAAAACUGUAAUUUACCUCACGUUUUACUUCUUUUGUUUGUCUUCUAUUGUUUUUGACAACCAUAGCUUUGCAUAUCGUCCUGUGAUAGAUCUAAAAGUCUAAAUUAUCCUACAAGUGUUUUCUGUACAGUGAACCACGGCUAAGUUUGAUCCAGACUGAGACCACAACCUUUGGGUGGACCAAACACCCCUUUUUGUCCACUCUGUGGCUGUGAGGUUUUGCACCUGUAAGUCCAGUUCAGAUCAGAAUGGAAAAUGGGAAAGUCCAGAGGUAGGUGUCAAAGUGUCCUAGAACAUCAAAUGUUGAAUAUGCACUCACUCCAGGGUGGUCGGCAAAGUCCAAAGUGUGUCUCUGACCAUCAUGUAUAUGCACAGAAAAAACAAAAUGAACAACAGCUGGAAUGAUAAGUUACAACGCUGCACUGAAAUGGCUUAAAAUGUGUCAACUGAUGUAAAAUUUCCUGUGUGUGUAUGUGUGUGAAAAUUUUAGGGGAAAAAAUGUGUUCAUAUACAAUAUAUUUUAAAGAUAUGGUUCUGUCUUUCAUAACAAAUAAAUGAUAUUGGUUUGAUUC